CCAGCCGAAGCAUGGCGGAGCAGCCGGCCCCCGAGCAGGAGGGCUCCCCUCCUCCGCCGGCGAAAAAGCGGCGGGGUCCACCGGGCCCCGGGACGAAGACGCGGAAGGCCACGGCGCCCGAGGAAGGCGAGAAGCGCUACGUGCCGCCCCCGAAGAAGCGGAACCCCGGCAUCGGCUUCCGCGAGGCUCACUUCGCCGAGACCAGCUACUACUUCGAGGGCGGCCUCCGUAAAGUGCGGCCCUACUUCUUCGACUUCCCGACCUACUGCAAAGGCCGCUGGGUGGGCAGGCGCCUCUCGGACGUUUUCAGCACCGAGUUCUCCGCCCGUCCCCUCGAGUACUACCGGGGCUUGGCGAAAGCCGGCCGCUUGCUUCUCAACGGGCACCCCUUGCGGGACCUCAGUGUCGUGCUGAAGAAUAAUGACUUUUUGCAAAACACAAUACAUCGUCAUGAACCUCCAGUUACAGCACAGGCCAUUGAGUUUCUAGAAGAAAACGAUGAAGUUGUGGUGAUAAACAAACCAUCAUCUUUACCAGUCCACCCAUGUGGCAGAUUUCGGCACAACAGUAUUGUCUUCAUCUUGGGUAAAGAGCACAACCUGAAGGAGCUGCACACGAUUCAUCGGCUGGAUCGCUUGACAUCAGGUGUUCUCAUAUUUGCUAAGUCCAUAGAGGUCUCUAAGAGGAUUAAUGAGCAAGUCCAACAACGACAGCUGGAGAAGGAGUAUGUAUGUCGUGUGGUUGGAGAGUUUCCACAAGACGAGGUCAUCUGCGAAGAGCCCAUCCUGGUUGUCUCUUACAAAGUGGGAGUGUGUCGAGUGGACCCCAAGGGUAAAGUUUGUAAAACUGUCUUUCAGAGGCUCAGUUACAAUGGCAAGACCAGUGUUGUGAAGUGUUUUCCAUACACAGGCCGUACCCAUCAGAUCCGUGUCCACCUACAAUUUUUGGGAUACCCUAUUGUCAAUGAUCCUGUUUACAACACAGAUGCCUGGGGGCCCAACAAGGGCAAAGCUGGCAAUAUUGGCAAAACUGACACGGAGCUGCUUCAAGCGUUGGUGAAGGAACACCUUUCCAGAGAAAGUCUGAGUAUCUUGGAUGUUGUUGAGGAAGACUUGAAGCCCAUUUUGGGAGAUAAACUUCAGGACACUCUGGGGAAUUGUGCUACUUCCGUUGAGGUCACCCCAGGAAGUGUUAACUCUGACCAUAAUGAAGAAUCAAAAAAUGAGGACAGGAGUGCAGUCUUGGUGUGUUCUCAAAGUUCUCUUCUUAAGACACAGACUCACGAGACAGAGAGUGGAGAAAUGUAUUCAACUGAGCACCAGGAUGCAAUAGAUCCUCUGUGUGAUGAAUGUAAAAUUGUAAGGCCUGACCCAUCACCCAAAGAUCUAGUCAUGUAUCUCCAUGCUUUGCGCUACAAAGGAUUAGAGUUUGACUACUGCUCUAAGAUGCCCGCCUGGGCCCAGGAGGACUGGACAGAGACCGGAGAUUCUGAAAAUGUGUGAGAAUGAGAGAAUGAGAGUGUUUAUGGGAGACUUAAAAACUUUUCUAUAGCUGUUUAUAUUAUACAUUGUAACUGACUGGAAAAAAAUAGUUCCUUAAUAAGUGGGAAGAAGUCCUGGAAAAUAAUAAAUUGUUUUGUUAUCUA